AUGCUCGUUAACCGCCGCGGCGCCCCCGCUGCCGCGCUCUCGGCCCUGCUGCUGCUAGCUUCUGCUCCUGCGAACGCAUAUUACCUCCCAGGAGUACUGCCGACCUCGUACAAGGAAGGGGACAAGGUGCCGCUGCUCGUCAACCACCUCACACCCGGCAAUUCGCCCGAGGAUUCGCAGGUGCAUUCGGUCUUUUCGUUCGACUACUACCUCCCCGAAUUCCACUUCUGUCAGCCGAGCGGCGGCCCCAAGUACGUCUCGGAAUCGCUGGGGAGCAUCCUGUUCGGCGACCGCAUACAAACAUCGCCUUUUGAGCUGCACAUGCGCAAGAAUGAAACGUGUAAAGCCGCGUGCCGGGAGCAGACAUUCGAGCCGAGCGACGCCGAGUUCGUCAACCAGAGGAUUCUGCAAAACUACAACCUCAACUGGCUGAUCGACGGCCUACCCGCGGGCCAGCUGAAGCACGAUCCGAACGACAACACCAAUUUCUACAGCCCCGGCUUCGCCCUAGGUUUCGUCAAGGACAGCAAGCCAUUCCUCAACAGCCACUAUGACAUCCUGAUCGACUACCACCAGGCUGGGCCGGACGCGUUCAGGGUCGUCGGCAUCCUCGUGGAGCCGCGAUCGAUGGGCGAGGCGAAGAUGAUCAACGAAGAAAAGGCUGAGUGCGGCGAGCUGGCACCGAUAGAGCUGUCCCAGUCGGACAGCACGUCCGUUUUGUUCACGUACAGCGUCUACUGGAGACCUUCGGCCACGCCGUUCGCCACGCGCUGGGACAAGUAUCUCCACGUCUACGACCCGAAGAUCCACUGGUUCUCGCUGGUCAACUCGGCGGUCAUCGUCGUGUUCCUGGUGACCAUGGUCGCCACCAUCCUCAUCCGCACCCUCAAAAAGGACAUUGCGAGGUACAAUCGCCUGGAGCAGUUUGCGCUCGAGGAUUUGUCGGGGACGAGCGUGGUCGAGGAGGGAGUCCAGGAAGACUCAGGCUGGAAGCUGGUGCACGGAGACGUCUUCAGGCCGCCGAAGAACCCGCUGUUCCUCAGCGUGCUCGUCGGCAACGGCGCGCAGCUGUUCAUGAUGGCCGGUUUCACCAUUGGAUUUCUUUCCCCGUCGAACCGCGGUUCGCUCGGCACGGUGAUGCUCCUGCUCUACACCGUCUUCGGCUUCGUCGGCGGCUACGCGUCGUCUCGCAUCUACAAGUUCUUCCACGGCGAUAAGUGGAAGCAAAACUUUGCGUACACGCCCGUCGCGCUCCCCGCCGUCGUGUUCUGCACCUUCUUCCUCCUCAACCUCUUCGUGUGGGCGAGGCAGGCGAGCGGGGCUGUUCCUUUUGGCACGAUGCUCGCGCUCGUCUGCAUCUGGUUCCUGAUCAGCGUGCCGCUCUCGCUCGCGGGCUCCUGGCUCGGAUUCAAGCACAAGGUCGUCGAGACGCCGGUGCGGACUAACCAGAUCCCACGCCAGAUUCCGCCCGCGUCGGGAUACCUCCGCCCUCUGCCCAGCAUGCUGAUAGUAGGCGUUCUUCCUUUUGGUGCCAUCUUUGUCGAGCUUUACUUCGUGAUGAACAGCAUCUGGGUCAACAAGGUGUACUACAUGUUCGGCUUCCUCUUCCUGUGCUACGGUCUCAUGAUCAUUACCUGCGCCGCGGUCACGGUCCUGAUGAUUUAUUUCCUGUUGUGCGCGGAAAACUACCACUGGCAGUGGAGGGCGUUUUGCACGGCGGGCGCCAGCGCCGCCUACGUUUUCGCUUACGCCCUGCUCUACUGGGCCAAGGUGUUGACCUUUGGCAGUUGGACCAGCGGGGUGCUGUAUCUUGGCUACAGCGCGCUCAUCAGCGUGCUGUUCUUCGUACUGAGCGGCACCAUCGGGUUCUUUGCCUCGUGGCUCUUUGUGCUCAAGAUUUACUCGUCCAUCAAGGUGGAUUAA